AACAUGUCCUACGCGUAUUUGUUCAAAUAUAUUAUCAUUGGCGACACUGGCGUUGGCAAAUCAUGUCUGCUGCUGCAGUUCACGGACAAGCGCUUCCAGCCGGUGCAUGAUCUGACAAUUGGUGUGGAGUUUGGUGCACGCAUGAUCACCAUCGAUGGCAAACAAAUUAAAUUGCAAAUCUGGGAUACAGCAGGCCAGGAGGCGUUCAGAUCUAUAACACGAUCGUAUUAUCGUGGAGCAGCAGGCGCUUUGCUUGUCUACGACAUCACAAGGCGAGAGACCUUUAAUCAUUUGACCACAUGGCUGGAGGAUGCGCGUCAGCACUCAAACUCAAAUAUGGUCAUCAUGCUGAUUGGCAACAAGAGCGAUCUGGAUUCGAGGCGUGAAGUGAAAAAGGAGGAGGGCGAGGCAUUCGCACGCGAACACGGCCUAGUCUUUAUGGAGACAUCGGCACGCACAGCGGCCAACGUGGAGGAGGCCUUCAUAAAUACAGCCAAAGAGAUUUACGAGAAGAUACAGGAGGGUGUAUUCGACAUAAACAAUGAGGCAAAUGGCAUUAAAAUCGGGCAACAGGCAACGCCCACAAAUCCAGCGCUACCCGGCGCCGGCGGUGCGGGUGGUGCAGUCAAUAGUGGUUGCUGCUAGGAAUAAAGUAAUCUUUUUUGCCGUUGCCUGCACUUGGGAUAGCCGUAGCCGAUAGCUGAUAGCCGCUUCUGUAAAAGCUACUAGUGACUAACUCUUAGAAGGUAGUGGAUGCAGACCGAUCUAUUGUUUUCAUUUUUUUAUUCAAGUAAAAGAAUACCCGUAAAAAUAAACUUAGCUGCAAAGAAAUAGUAAACCGCAAAACUAGUGAAACGACUUCGACACUAAGCGUAAUGUUAAACAGAAAAACUAAAAUAAUCGCUGAAAAUGGAAUAGCAAAAAAAAAACUAAUCAUAAAUGAAUGCA